AUGUCCCAGCGAGUCAACCAGAUUGCCGGCCACCUCGGCCAGACUGCCCCCGGUCCGCUGCUCAAGGGCCAGGUCGCCAUCGUGACCGGCUCGGGCCAGGGUAUCGGCAAGGCGGCCGCCGUCCUGUUUGCGGCGCACGGCGCCCACGUCGUCGUCAGCGACCUCGACGCCAAAAAGUCGGCCGACGUCGCCCAGGAGAUUGUCAACUCGGGCGGCAGCGCCAUCUCGAUCGCCGGCAACGUCAUGGACAAGGACUACGGCGAGCGCGUCGUCAAGGGCGCCAUCGACAAGUGGGGCAAGAUCAACAUCAUUGUCAACAAUGCCGGCUUCACGGCCGACAAGAUGGCGCACACGACCGACGACGAGACGUUCCAGCUGAUGCUCGACUGCCACGUCGUGGCGCCCUUCCGCAUCAUCCGGGCGGCGGCGCCCUACAUGCGCAUCAAGGACGCGAGCAAGCGCGAAAACAUGUCGAUCAUCAACAUCUCGUCGACGUCGGGCACGCACGGCAACGUCGGGCAGGUCAACUACUCGGCGGCCAAGUCGGCCGUGCUGGGCCUGACCAAGACCAUGUGCAAGGAGUGGGGACCGUUUGGCGUGCGCGUCAACUGCGUCGCCUUUGGCUGGAUCCAGACGCGCCUCACGGCCGCCAAGGAGAAUGGCGAGAGCAUCGUCGUCAACGGCAAGGCCAUUGCGCUCGGCAUCCCCGGCCGCGGCAAGGCCGCCGCUGCCGCCGACACCGGCAGCAAGGUGACGGGCACCGAGGACAUCCCCCUCGGCCGACCUGGCCUGCCCGAGGAAGGCGCGGCCGCGCUCCUCUUCUUUGCCAGCCCGCUCGCGUCGUACGUCAGCGGCCAGACGCUCGAGGUCACCGGCGGCCGUGGCAUCUAA